ACGCAACACUCUAUCCUCUUCUCCCCUAUCUUCAUCCCCAAGCAAACAACUUACAGCUUUUCGAAAAAGGAAAAGAAAAUUAUAAUACAACAUGGCUGAAGGAAUCGACAGAAGAGAGGAUGCUCGUCUUGAGUUCAGCACCAGCAAGGAGGUUACCGUGGCGCCUACCUUCGAGGCCAUGCACCUUAAGGAGGGCCUUCUUCGCGGAAUCUACGCUUACGGUUACGAAUCCCCUUCCGCCGUCCAGAGCAGAGCCAUCGUGCAGAUCUGCAAAGGUCGUGAUACAAUCGCUCAGGCUCAAUCCGGAACCGGUAAAACCGCAACGUUCUCCAUCUCCAUCCUACAAGUCAUCGACACAGCAGUCCGUGAAACUCAGGCACUAGUUCUCUCCCCGACCCGGGAACUCGCGACUCAGAUCCAGUCCGUUGUUAUGGCGCUUGGUGACUACAUGAACGUUCAAUGCCACGCUUGUAUCGGUGGGACCAACGUUGGGGAGGACAUCCGCAAGCUCGAUUAUGGCCAACACGUCGUCUCUGGCACACCCGGUCGCGUGGCGGACAUGAUUCGCCGUAGGAACUUGAGAACCAAGCACAUCAAGAUGCUGGUUCUAGACGAGGCGGACGAAUUGCUCAAUCGUGGGUUCAGAGAGCAGAUUUACGAUGUUUACCGCUACCUUCCCCCAAGCACCCAGGUUGUCGUCGUAUCCGCUACCCUCCCCUACGAUGUCCUGGAUAUGACUACGAAGUUCAUGACAGACCCCGUCCGCAUCCUUGUCAAGCGUGACGAGUUGACCCUCGAAGGGCUGAAACAAUACUUUAUCGCUGUCGAAAAGGAAGAAUGGAAAUUCGACACCCUCUGCGAUCUCUACGACACCCUUACGAUCACACAGGCAGUCAUUUUCUGCAAUACACGUAGAAAGGUCGACUGGCUGACGGAGAAGAUGCGUGAGGCAAACUUCACCGUCUCUGCCAUGCACGGAGAAAUGCCGCAGAAGGAGCGUGAUGCUAUCAUGCAGGAGUUCCGCCAGGGAAAUUCUCGUGUGCUCAUCUCCACCGAUGUCUGGGCCAGAGGUAUCGACGUUCAGCAGGUCUCUUUGGUCAUCAACUAUGACUUGCCGAGUAACCGUGAGAACUAUAUUCACAGGAUCGGUAGAUCUGGUCGUUUCGGUCGCAAGGGGUAAUUGUCCACUCUUAACAUCGCCCUCUGAUUGAUGCUAACGCUGCCAAGUGUCGCUAUCAACUUUGUCACAAGCGAGGACGUUCGGAUCUUGCGCGAUAUCGAACUUUUCUACAGUAUUCCCCCUUCUAAUUAUUUCGGGCAUCCUUGGGUAUCCUAAAGCUAACAUUUAGAAAAAAAGGUACUCAAAUCGAUGAAAUGCCGAUGAACGUUUCGGAUCUACUCUCGUAGAUAAUUUUUCUUCGUUCUCCAUGUCGCACUUUUGAAAACAAAAAAAAAGGGGGGGGAGACAGGGCAGAGCAGGGCCAGUCAUUGAGGGGAGGAAAUGGGGCCGUAUUGCCACUGGUGAGCUUGCGUUUGCUUUAUUAUUAUUAUCGUUAUUAUGAACGUGUUUCAUGUCCGGGAGGAAAUAUUCGGUUGGCUGAUGGAUGGUUGGUGUUUGGAGUUCUUCUUUCCUUGUAGCAAAAAAAAAAAAUGAAACCCUUUUUUUUUUUUUUUGUCGCUCUCUAAGAGUAGUGUAGAAUGGCGGGGAAUCGAGAUAUCAUGAGGCUUGUUAUAUCGGGGAAUGAGAAUUGGAUUCUUUUAA